AUGGCUGAUCUACAAGGCCGCAAGGUGUUCAAGGUGUUCAACCAGGACUUCAUUGUCGAUGAGCGAUACACGGUCACCAAGGAGCUAGGCCAGGGAGCUUACGGCAUUGUCUGCGCCGCCAUCAACAACCAGACGAGCGAGGGUGUCGCCAUCAAGAAGGUCACAAAUGUCUUCAGCAAGAAGAUCCUGGCCAAGCGGGCCCUGCGCGAGAUCAAGCUGCUGCAGCAUUUCAGAGGACACCGAAAUAUCACUUGCCUGUAUGACAUGGACAUUCCGCGGCCGGACAAUUUCAACGAGACCUAUCUCUACGAAGAGCUGAUGGAAUGCGAUCUUGCCGCCAUCAUCCGAUCUGGCCAGCCUCUCACUGAUGCCCACUUCCAGUCUUUUAUCUACCAGAUCCUCUGCGGCCUCAAGUACAUCCACUCGGCCAACGUGCUUCACCGCGAUCUCAAGCCGGGCAACCUGCUCGUCAAUGCCGACUGCGAGCUGAAGAUUUGCGAUUUCGGUCUUGCGCGUGGCUUCUCUGUUGAUCCCGAGGAAAACGCUGGGUACAUGACCGAGUAUGUCGCAACUAGGUGGUAUCGCGCGCCCGAGAUCAUGCUGAGCUUCCAGAACUACACCAAAGCGAUCGAUGUCUGGUCGGUGGGUUGCAUUCUCGCCGAGCUGCUCGGUGGCCGGCCGUUCUUCAAGGGCCGCGAUUACGUAGACCAGCUGAACCAGAUCCUCCACAUUCUUGGCACACCCAACGAAGAGACUCUGUCGCGCAUAGGAUCCCCCAGGGCCCAAGAAUAUGUGCGGAACUUGCCCUUCAUGGCCAAGAAGUCUUUUCCUUCGCUGUUCCCAGCUGCUAAUCCCGAUGCGCUCGACCUUCUGGACCGUAUGCUUGCGUUUGACCCGUCGAGGCGCAUCAGCGUCGAGUCUGCCCUCGAGCACCCGUAUCUGUCCAUCUGGCACGACGCCAGCGAUGAGCCUGACUGCCCGACCACCUUCAACUUCGACUUCGAGGUUGUAGACGAGGUCGCCGACAUGCGGAAGAUGAUCCUGGACGAGGUGUUUAGGUUCAGGCAGACAGUUCGGAUCGGCCAUGCUGCCGGAGGACAUGGUGCUGGCGGACCCCCUGCUCCAGGCCAGGUGCCCAUGCCUUCAGGCGGCGCCGGUCACCAGUGGACUGCUGAGGACCCUCGGCCCCAGGAGUACGCUGGCGGGCUAAACGGCCUUGAGGCUGAGCUGGGCGGCAGAUGA